UUCAUUUCACCAGACCGCUGAUUGAAAAGGUCGACAUAUUAUAUUUUGGCUGGUUUUUUGGUGAACAUAUAAAUCAUACAUAUAAGCUUUGGCGGGACACGCGGAAUCAUUGAGCAUUCUGGGCAACUCUUCCUUAGUCAAACAGCAGCUGCUGCGUCUCCGACCGAAGUUCCUACUUAGUAGCCCAGUCCUGGCGCUAUGUUCUCUCGCUGUUUGUUUUCUUUCUUCCGGAUACUAUAAUAUUCUUUACUGGCGGAAGGAACCAGAAGUGUCUUGUGUGAAUGUGGUUGUGUGUGACGCCCAUUGGAGGUACUAACUAGAUCUACGCCAUUCAGGAUAAUUUCGGCAGGACACGAUUAAUGUUUCAUGAGUGUUUUGCGCGCUACUUUCAGGAAACUUAACAACCUCCAAACGAAAUUUGUGAUCUCAACAAAUGAGAAAUUGCCCAAACCCCUGCCACAGACCCCGUUCUCAUACGACACAUCUCAAGGCUGAAAAACAAGAAAAACAGACGGGACAUUCGUCAAAAGAGAGGCAUUAACCUAAAACAGACUGACUGAGGAACCGAACACACGGCCAGUAGGGGAUUCUUCAAGGUACACGAGUACUCAGAACACUGCUGCUUUCUUUAGCUCUUGGCUUCUCAUUCGAGAUCUGGAACCACCAGCAGUCAAAUAAAAAAAAGACCCCGCUUGCAUGUAAGAUAAGUUAAGAUAGGGUAAGAUAAAUCUUUGUCGUCCAGAUUCUGGCAGAUUAGUUUGGUGUUUCUUUCACGUUGGUCGUCCACAUAGUGACCAAAAAAUCGAAGACGUGAAGGAAAGGACCGUCCAGACUUCUUUGUUCAAAGGGCACAAACACCAGUCUAUAAAUACUGGGUCAAAAACAGACCUACACUACCAACGUGUCUAAACAGCCAGCAGGAAGCAUAUUUCAUCAAGAACGUCAACAGCACCUUCACUACUACCAACAGUGAAAAGUUGUUAGAGGAACGACGCGAGGCGGGAUUCCGCACCGCACAUCCCUACAACGAGCGUGGCCACUACCACCACCAGAAGUAAGGCCGCUCCAAAAAAAUAUGGGUCCAAUCUCUUCUCCUUCUCUCUUUCCCCUCCUCCUCCUCCUGACCUGCCUCCUGGCUCAGCCCGCCCACCCGUGGUACACGUACCACCACUACCCCCAGGACCGACCUGUCUACACCGGCAGCACGUGUGAGGGACCUGGCUACAGAGACCUGCCCGUGUCCGUGCAGAAUGAGCACCAGUGCCUGGUCCUGGAGCAGCUGCAGACUCGAGUCAGGAGCGACCUUGACCUUCGCAGGAAGCAGUUCACGGAUAUAGGCGCUCGCCUCAAGAAUCUGGAAUCCAAACUCAGUUACACGCUCAAACGUCUUCAUAGAAGGAACCGUGAUAAGACGGGAGUUUUCCCUGGCCUAAAGGAUAUCCCGAUAUCAAGAGAACGCCGGCAUCCAGUACUCGGGCAUCUACCCCAUCCAGAUCCCAAGUGGCGCCAUCGUCAACGUGUUCUGUGACAUGGAGACUGAGGGCGGGGGAUGGACGGUGGUACAACAGAGGGCCAACGGGCUGGUCAACUUCACCAGGAAAUGGGACGACUACACUUUUGGUGGGGAACGAGAACCUGCACUCGAUGACCACAGAGACGCGCUACAGCCUGCGCGUGGACAUGUGGGACUGGGAUGACCGCUUCGCCUACGCACAGUACAACAUCUUCCACGUCGGCCCGGAGACCACAGGAUACAGGCUGACCGUUGAGGGCUACAGGGAAGAGAGCACGGCUGGGGACUCGCUCAAACAUCACUCGGGCAUGGG